AUGAACAAAACACAGACUAAAGACGUCACAUGUCAGCCAGCAUCUAGCUCAGCUAAGCUAGAUGACAUAGUCAGUGUCCAACUUUCACGUGAUAAGUUACAUGUAUCUAUUAGUAGGGACAUCAAUCUACUACUUGUAGGCUGUAAGGGUAAUGGCAAGAGCCACACAGGCAACACCAUCCUGGGCCAGGAGGCCUUCAGAGUCACCAGGAAAGGAGGAACAGAAAAGUCCAGCCUGUGCAGCAGCAGCCAUGAGGUUGAUGGAGUCAGUAGGAAGGUGACAGUAGUCGACACCCCUGGAGUCUCCCAGGCGAUGACAGAGUCUGAGUUUGAGGAGCUGGUUCGAGCUGUGAAGAUGGUUCCUGAGGGUUUUGAUGCCAUCUGUCUGGUCUGGGACUACAACAACUCUGAGAAGAGCGAAGAAAAGGAGGUCCAAGUGUUCCAGUCCCUCCAUAGGCUGCUUGGUGAUGGACUGUACGAGCAUCUUGUCAUCCUGGUCACACAUGCUCAGCAGGAGGACAUCCCAGAGUUCCUUGAUGGACUGCCUGAAGCCAUGAAGAAAAUUGUUCCUGCCGACAAGGCUAAUUGCAUGGUUGCAAUUGAAAAUAAGCCUGAUAGUGACUCAUUGGGAAGGAACAAUCAGGGAAGACUAUGGGACUGA